AUGUUAAAUGACUUAUUUCGAACAGCACGCGAAACUGAUCCGAAGUCAGUUAUAAAGUGUCAACGUUACGGACAACCUAAUAUUAGUAUAUCCUUCAAGCAGCCUGAUUAUUUGCCAUUGCCAAACAUUCAUUUUCGUAAUAAACAUAACUCUACUAUUGACUGUGAUUCUACUUUGGCGGAUUAUAAGUCUUGUUCUAGCUUUAUCAAUAAAACUACACAUAUUGCUUCUUCAAAUUCAGUUGGCCGUCCUUUUCAUGGAUCAUUUUUGCCAAAACUUAAACUAAUUCCUUAUAAUGGGAUCUCCCUUUUUGAGCUUAAUAUCUAUAUCACAGAUCCUGGAUAUAACGCUUCCUAUCAAGAAAGUGCCAUGCUAAUGGAGGCAUAUGAUAGAGGCAAGAUUCUUAUAAGAUCGUAG